CCUUAGGAAAUUUACUUAAUUUUUUGGACAUUUACUCAAUUCUUCGGAUAUUGUGAUUUAGUGUGGAUCUAGCACGAUGGAGAACGGAUGCACGCCAACAGAAGCGGCCAUGAAUGACAAUGAAGUGGAUGACCAAUCGAGCAAUUCUGCCGUGGAACAAUCUUCGCCGGACCAGCAUCAUGUAGCGGUGCAGCAGCCAAUGCACGCCCAACAAAUGCCUCCUCAUGUAAUGCCGAUUCAGCAACAGCAGCAGCAGCAACAACAUCAACAUCCGCCGCAGCAAUUUCCUCCCCAGCAAUUUCCGCCAGCUCAACGUUUCGGACCGCCACAAGGCAUGCCGCAAGGACCACCUCGCCCCAUGGGACCAAAUAACGAGCUCUGGAUCGAAACAAAGACGGAAGAGGGUAAAAGCUACUACUACCACUCGAUUACGCGACAAACAACUUGGUCUCGGCCCACGGGACCGAAUGUUCAGGUAAUGACGCAAGCUGAAGUAGAAAAUUUACAGAAACAACAGAUGCAGAAACGCGAACCCGUUGGCAUGCCAGGAAUGCCGGGAAUGGGACCACCGCAAGGACAAAUGCCGCCAUUCGGAGCUCCACCAUUCUUCAGCGGACCGCCGCCAUUCAUGAUGCCACCACCGAAUUUUCAACAACCAGCUCCCCAACAAGCUUUCCCCUGGGGAAAUAUCCAUCCGCAACAAUGGCUAGCGAUCAAAGCAAAGGACGUUGAUGCCGAAAUUGACCCUCAAUUGUUGGCACGUGCAGCAGAAUGGACCGAACAUAAGGCACCAGAUGGACGUCCUUAUUAUUACAACGCAUCCAAGAACGAGUCUGUGUGGGAAAAACCCGAGGUCAUGAGACAAGUUGAAGAAAUGAAAGCUGCAGCAGCAAAUCGCCCAAAGCAACCAACAGUCAUGAAUCCCGUAUCGGAUAAAGACAAAGUUCAGAACAAUGCUCUUUCCUUUGAUUCUUUAGGUAAUGCAAACUUUAGUCCGACAAAAGCCAAAGCCGAGGAAGAAGAGCGCAAGAAAAAACUUGAAGCUGAAAAGCGCAAAAAAGAGCAAGAAGAAAAGGCGAAAAAGCCUCAAGAUAAAAGUCGACCAAUAUCAUCAACGCCAAUUGCUGGAACUCCGUGGUGCGUUGUUUGGACUGGAGAUGGUCGUGUCUUUUUCUACAACCCAUCAACUCGUACAUCGUUGUGGGAAAGACCUCCAGAGCUCGCUAAUCGUCCAGAUGUUGAUAAAGCGAUAAAAACUCUACCGGAAGCUCUGUUAACAACAUCUGGCUUCAAAUCUGACACAAAGACGGAAGAAUCUAACAAGGUUCAAGAAGCUAUCAAACAAAGCAAAAAACGGUCAGACACCGAAUCCAGUGACAGUGAACCGGAACUCAAUAAUUCAAUUAAUAAAAAAAUUAAAUUGGGUAAGACUUUCGAAAAAUUUAGUAUUUCAAAACAAGAUUUUUCAAAAAUUUCCAUUUUUUUAGAAGAAACAAAACUACCAUCCGCCAAUAACAACACAGCAAACAAUGAAAAGGAAGAAGUGAUGGAUGCUGAGAUGAAAGCAGCGAAAGAACGAGCUACUGUGCCAUUGGAACAACGAGUCAAGCAGUUUAAAGAAAUGUUGCGAGAAAAGGACGUGUCGGCAUUUAGCACGUGGGAAAAAGAACUUCACAAAAUCGUGUUUGACCCAAGGUAUUUGCUGUUGACAUCUCGUGAGCGCAAACAGGUCUUCGAAAGGUAUGUAAAAGAUAGGGCUGAAGAGGAACGACGUGAAAAGCGGAACAAACUCCGGCAGAAACGAGAAGACUUUCGCACGCUCAUGGAGAACGCCAACCUGCAUGGAAAAUCGUCCUUUGAUGAUUUUGCCAAAAAAUACUCGAAAGACGAGCAUUUCAGGGCAAUUGAGAAAAUGCGAGAGCGAGAAAGUCUCUUCAACGAGUACAUUGUGGAGGUACGGAAACGUGAAAAGGAGGAUAAGCACCAAAAGAAGGAGCAGAUACGCAAAGACUUUUUCGACUUGCUUCGAGAAAAUGACAUCGAUCGGCACCAACGCUGGUCCGACGUCAAGAAGAAGAUUGAUGACAAAGACUCUCGUUACAAAGCAGUUGGCGACUCGAUCACGCGCGAAGACUACUUUCAUGACUACUGUAAAAUGCUGAAAGAUGAAAAGAAGAAACGCGAGAAAGAAAAGAAAAAGUCGAACAAAGAUAAAGAUCGCAAAGAAGAGUCGACGAAGAAACGGCGGUCCAGUGAAAGAUCGACGGGAGAUAAGGAUUCGGGAGAAAAGGAGGAUAACAAAACAGGUAAAGAAGACAAGGAUGCGGACGAUGACGAGGAUCACAAGUCAGAUACGGAUAAAGAAGAUGGUGAGCAUCCUGGUACUGAUAACGAAGAAGAACCUGUUCCAGAGAAACGGAUGAAGCGGACGGCCGAAGAGGCCAUCAAAGAUCGCGAAAUGGAAGUUCAGAAAGCGCUCGCCUCGCAAAUGCGUUUCCUUGACAAGGAACGUGAAAAUCACAAACGUGACGAAGCAGUACGCGUUUUUAACGCUCUGCUCGUCGAUUUAGUCAAAACCGAUGUCACAUGGAAGGAAUCUAAAAAGGCUCUUAAGAAGGACAGUCGUUACGACAUGGCAGACAUGCUGAGUCGCGAAGAGAAAGAAACCUUGUUUGAGGAGCACAUUAACACUCUUUCGAAGAAAAAACGUGACAAAUUCCGCGAAAUGCUAGAAGAAUUGCCCCAAUUCUCACUAACGAGCUCUUGGAAGGAAAUUAAGAGACUCAUAAGAGAUGAUCCACGUUACUUGAAGUUCAAUAGUAGUGAGAAGUGCGAACGUGAGUUCCGUGACUAUGUCAAAGACAAGACGAUGCUUGCAAAGACCUCAUUCAGGGAAUUGCUGUCAGAGACAAAACUCAUCACGCACAAGUCGUACGAAAUGGUGAGAGAGAAUCCGAAUCACUUGAAAGAAAUUGAGGAAAUAUUAAAGAAUGACAAAAGAUAUUUGGAUUUGGAUCACUUGCAUCACGAGCGCUCAUCGAUUCUGAACAACUACUUGGAAGAUUUGAUGAAACGAGGACCUCCUCCGCCGCCAACAGCGACAAAUCGCAACUAGUAAGAAGGUUUUCAAUUGACUUUUUUUUUUAAAUUUAUAUAACUUACCUUUUAAACGUAUAUCAUUAUGAAUACAUUAAAAUAAUAAAGGCAUUAGCGAAUAAAAAAAA